GCUUCUGUUAUAGCUCCCUGUGUGAAAAGUGUGCCCACUAUAUCCAGCUGGGCCAAGGAGUAAUGUGUUCAGCAUUUAGAUUUGGGUGAAAUUCAGAGUGAAAUGAAUAGAAAAUGGCAUUAAAAAUGACAUGGUUAAAGAAAAAUGUAGCUUCUUUUCAAAUUUACAGUAGUACCAAAGGUCAAAUGGUUACAGAGCAACCAUGUCAACAGCCAAUGGACACGUACGGAACGUUAAGAACAUUAGAGUUGUACUGUAGCUCAAGCUUAGGGCCAUACGUUGACACUCAACAUUCUCCCAUAUCCACUCCGCACAAGGAAAUCCACAAGACCACUCUGCGAACUUCAAGAGUUUACUUAACUAAAAUGACAAUAUUAAUGAGUUCUUCCAAUAUUUACAAAGUUAUCUGUGUGUCAAUAAGAUUUCAGGAACUUGAAACAAAUUUUAAGCGAGGGAGAGAGAGAGAGAACUAACAGCGUCUAAUUACAUUAUUAAUGAGCUCUUCUAUUACAACACUACCUCACAGUCUUAAAGGCACAAAACAUUAAACUUUAUCUGUUGUUAUAUCACUGCAAAUAUUCACUGUGGGAAUAUCACAUACGUGAAUAAUAAUGCAUUACACUGCAUUUUGUAUCCUGGCUUUCUGCUGGGAUGACGGUUUCCUCCAUGAAACCAAAACAUGCAGCUAAUUGAGCGGCAAGGUCUUUACAUUGCCUGUUGUGUUUGAUUUGUGUGUGUGUGUGGAUUAUGUUUAUAUUACAUUGUGGGGACCAAAUGCUCCCCACAAUGUAAUAAAAACCAGUUAUUUUCACAUUGUGGGGACCAUUUUUCAGGUCCCCACAACGAUCUGUGAAUGCAAUCAAAAAAGUAAAAAUGCCUCAAUUUCAAAUUUCUCAAGUCUCGUGUUUUGUUUGGUUACUUAUGGUUAAGGUUAGGGCUGGGUGGGGGUUAAGGUCGCCAUGUUGGGAUUAGGGUUUUCCACAUAGACAUGAAUGGAGAGUCCCCACAAAGGUAUAAUUACAAACCUGUGUGUGUGUGUUUAUGUCUCCUGGACUGGCAUCCCAUCCAGGGUUAUCCCUGCCUCAUACCCUCACUCCUGGGAUAGGCUCCAGAACCACUGUAAUUCUGUACUGUAUAAACAGUUAUGGCAGAUUCAUGCAGAAUAUUACUUUGUACGUGGCUCUAUUGGAAAUAUGCAUUUUCCUAGUUAAAAACUGGAAAAAAUUCUAUAAAGAUCUGACCAUUCUGAGAGUCACUGCCGGCGCCCAUUCCCAUGAUUCCCUGUGUCACAUCCACACUGGAUGUCAUCCUUCCAUGUGUCAGAAAUGUGACAAAGGCACUUUUGUUGCGGUCUGCGCUCCAAACGGACAGGCGCUGGCCACAGAGGGGCCGGUGUGCCGCUGACUCGUUUUGAAGGGUGUUAUCAGAAACUGCAGACUAUUCUGGGCCUUUAUUGUAACAGGGCUCCUGACUAAUUACAGUGAAUUCCCACUGCGCUCACAGACAUCCAGUGUGCUAAAGGCCACACUUGACAUCACCACCAGAUUUGCUCGUGUGGCUCGUGUUUUUGCAUUACAAUCGAUUAGUGAAGCGCUUCCCAGUUCUUUGACUGCCAGUUCCUAUAAAAGAUAAAAGUGGGGACUUGUUUUCCUGUUUUUGAGAUCCUCAAAUAAUAUAUCAACAAAUGUACCAGUAUAUAUUCAAAUAUAGCUAUGCAAAUUUGUUAUUUCUUAUUUGUGAUUUUGUUUAGCUACACAAUUGUCCAUUCGCAGAAACUCACCUGGAACACGUUUCACGUAGAACUCUAAUCGACAUGCAGAUCUGUGCCGUCUCCCAAAUCUGAUUGUGCCUGAAUAGGAACCAGCGAACCAACGGUGCUGUUUCAUCACGGACCCUGGCGUGUCUCAGCUGGUAUCGACGUGGCGUCGCACCUGUGCUUCAUAAUUAUGCGUAAUCUGGGUUUUCCCCCAGUCACAGUCCAAAGACGAGCGGUUUAUGUAGACUGCUGCACCCUUACUGCCCUUGUGUGUGUGUGUGUCUGUGUACCCUUGAUGGACUGGCAUCCCUACCAGGAUAAAUCCUGUCUCUGCUCUCUUUGCUGUGGUAUGGACUCCUAGCUCAUUAACUUGAGUUGGAUAAGUGGGGUUUAGAUGUUCUGUAUUCCCCAUGGUUAUAAACCCACCAGCGGCCGCUCACUGUUACAUACUGCCAUAAGUUUUCUUGUUGCCAUUACAGUCGACGGACUUUACCUCCAAAUCACAGAGCAGCCCAAGCAGCGGGGUUUCCGCUUCCGAUACGGCUGCGAGGGGCCGUCGCACGGCGGGCUGCCCGGUGCUUCCAGUGAGAAGAACAAGAAGUCAUUCCCUCAGGUGAAGAUAUGUAACUACCAGGGCCCGGCACGCGUGGUGGUGCAGCUAGUGACCUUCUCCCAGAGUCCUCACCUCCACGCCCAUAGCCUGGUGGGAAAGCAGUGCGACAAGGGAAUCUGCAUCGCGGACCUGCACCCCAAAGACUCCAGCAUCAGUUUUCCCAAUCUCGGCAUCCUCCACGUGACCAAGAAGAACGUCCAGAAGAAGCUGGAGGAGCGCAUGACGGAGGCCUACAGGAUGGGCUACAACUUUGGUGUUUUCAUCCACCCGGAGAUUGACGCCAUCCAGGGGGAGGUCCGUGUGCCCAGGGAGCUUACAGAGCACCAGCGGACCCUCAUCUCCAGCGUGGCCGCCAACCAGGCCCAGAAGAUGGACCUGAGUGUGGUGCGCUUGAUGUUCACCGCCUUCCUGCCCGACAAUGAUGGAGGAUUCUCCCGCCGGCUGGAUCCCGUCAUCUCUGACCCGAUCUUCGACAGCAAAGCCCCCAAUGCUUCCAACCUGAAAAUCGUGAGGAUGGACCGCACAGCGGGGUGUGUGACGGGAGGCGAGGAGGUCUACCUGCUGUGCGACAAGGUGCAGAAAGAUGACAUCCAGGUGCGGUUCUACGAAGACGACGACUCGGGGCUGAUGUGGGAGGACUUUGGUGACUUCUCCCCCACCGACGUCCACCGGCAGUUCGCUAUAGUCUUCAAGACCCCCAAGUACCGAGACCUGAACCUGCAGAAGCCCAUCUCUGUGUUCGUGCAGCUCAAAAGGAAAUCGGACAAUGAGACCAGCGAGCCGAAGCCCUUUACCUACCACCCGCAGGUCAUAGAUAAAGAAGAGGUGCAGAGGAAGAGACAGAAGACCCUCCCCAACUUCCAGGACUAUGGGAACCCUGGAAACGGAGGGGGUGGUGGGCUGUACAGAGGAGGUGGGGCUGGCCCCGCCGCUGGUGGAGGUCCGGCUGGAGGAACAGGUCAUGCCUUCUAUCAGGGUUACUCCAGCUACAACAACUACGGCAAUGGCUAUGCAUUCUCCCACGGUUCAGGCGGGGCUGGGGGCACUGGGGGCACUGGGGGCGCCGCCGGGAUCAGCUUGAAGCACGCCUGUCACGGUCCUGAGGGCAGCACCGGAGACAACGGUCAUCCCGAAGAUAAUCCGGGGGCCGGAUCAGAAGAGGGAAGCCGCAGCCGGUCGACAGGGACUGAGAGCAGGCGUGGGGAGGCCACGAUGGAGCCCAGGCUGGGGCUUGAAGCCAGCGCAGUCGCUGCACCCCCCGAGAAAAACCACAGUGCCGGUGCAAGCCACCGCGCCCCCCACCGCAGAGAAAAGCCGCAUUGCACGGCAGAGAUGGGUGAUGAGGAAGUCAACCCCCCGGGGGCCAUCCCAGCUGAGAUGCUAAGCGAGACCCCGAUCGAGGCUUCCUGCUCCCCCAUGACGCCUCCAGAAGGCUCGACGAGGCUGUUGGAGGCGGAGCCCCGACAACGUGAGCUGAGCUGGCAGAAUCUGGUUGGCCAUGAAGGGCGGAUUGUCCCACCCUUGCCAGCAAAGGCGCAAUGGGGUCGCUGUAAGGUGUCCCGUGAUCCUCAGGGGGAGCUUCUGAGGGCUCUUGGGACGGCCGGGAUUAGUCUGGCACUCAACACCCUGCAGAAGCUCAUUUUCCAGGUAUUCUGGGCCACCUGGAACUUGUCAGCACCAUCUGAUUUCAACCAGAUCACAGCUGUCCGUCCUUAUAAGGGCGUGCACGACGGGGGUGGGGUCACCCUAAAGGGGCGUGGCUCCUGCCUUGAAGGGGAACACUGAUCUUUAAUCAGGCCCGGCGCUAGCCUGGAGGAGGGGCCAAUACCUGGACCUCUCUCAUUAUGGACCACCUGCGGCUUACGAGGGGAGAAGGCAGAGUUCGUCUGCUGGAGAUAACCUGAUGAUAUCGCAGACUCACACACACCUCCCCCCGCCCGCCCACCCACCUACAAACAUUUUUCUGAAGGACACUUAACUGUUACAUUUAAAGAUGUGAAUGCAUGCUCUGUAUGAAUUACUGAGCUCACCUGCUGAAAAUACAGGCAUGGCCAGCUGUCUUACUUGAAUACAGGGAAAGCCUAUUGACAAUUUCUACAAACAUGUAUCAUUGUACACGUGCUGCAAUACACAUUUAAUCUCAACAUGGUUUCAAAGAUGCAUUUUACUACCACAAGGAGUCCUAUUUGGACUUUGUACACCUACAAAGCUAAAGUACCUAAGUAGUUGGACUAUAGCUGGUUUUCACUGCAACUCCCUAAUUAGGUCAUUAAUUAGCUGAAGAGUCCACACACCUGGGUUUGAACAGCUGACCUAAAGGUUACCUCAAAAACCUGCAUACACACCGGCCUUUUGCGGAUAAGAUUGGACACCCCUAGACUAUAGUAAUGGAGAACAUGUUCUGGUUCUCCUGGUCCAGCAGGGGGAGCCAGAGUGCAGCUAACUUGACAAACGUCAGAAUGGACUCUGACUUAGUUGACGUUGCCAUGCACAAUUGGUUUGGUGAAAGUCCUGGUUCAAGAAAGACAGUGAGUCAGUUUUUCUUUUCAUGGAUUCUGGGUGUAAAUUCCCCGAAUACCUACAUAGCUGGAAAGAACUUGAGAGGCCGGCUUCCCACAUGCCUUUCCCAUCGCUGACCACAGAGGCAUCACCGUCCAUUUUUGUAAAAAAAAAAAAAAACCAGAAGUCGUGACAAACUUUAUUUCAGCCAAGCUAUUUCCUGCUGCAUGUUUUACAUCAAAUAGUUACACCUCAAAGACAAUCCUUUUACCUGCAAGGCAGAGUUCUAUCCUAUUUUCACUUGUUACUAAAUUGCCUUUGUUUUGCCAUUUUUGAACUUUAUACUUUUCAUAUUGUACCGGAUAAGAUAUUAUUGUGGACAGAGGGGAUGUUGCUCCCCUUCGCCUGUAACUUUGCCUGCUGAAAUCUGAAAGGCCCAUAUAUGCUGGAAGAAUGAUGGUUUGUAAAGACAAGUUCUACAGUUCAGACUCUGAGGAACGGAGUCUGUACAACACAAUGAAAAACUCCAGGUGAUGAUCAAUGGAACUGAUAACUAACCCAGUAGUUAGGCUACAAUAGCCUGAUGGGUUUCAUUGUUUUUAUAGGCCUUUGGAAGGUGGAGUUUGUUUUUGCUAGUAAUAUUAAUGGCAGUAUGGCGUUAACUGUUAUAUUGGAUGUACGUAUGAAUCACGUAUUCAUGAAAAAAUGCUUCCGAUCUCUUGUACGUAUUAAACCAUCUCACCACUGACAUGUACUCUCUGGUCUGAACUGAGACAUGGAGGAUAUAAUUGAACAUUUGAGUAUGUUUUCAUGGUUAAUACUUUAUUUUUCCACUUUUUAUAAUAAAAAGUGCUUUUCUAACUCAUGCGAUGAUUUUUAAAUAAAAUUUUUUAAAAACUAA